UGCUGCAUCUUCUCUGAUUUCCUCCUCUGUGCAAUAUCAGCAGCAAAAGAAAUUUUCUCAAUUUCGCAAGAAACAAAUAUGAGUUUUCAGUUUCUUUCAUGGGGAACUUCUACUCUCAAUUUUCUCAUCUGUUUUCAAUUUCUUUCAUGGGGAACUCUUUCUCUAGAUUUUCUCAUCGUAACAACACAGACAUUGGAGAUCCCAUCAUUCCCCCCAGGGUUUCAAAUUCUGUUCCUUCACUUCACACCAUUUAUGCUUAUUUAACCGGAUUGCUACUUGCUUUGAUCCAAAUCAAGUACCAAGGAUUGAACAUUAUCGCCUUCAAAGACCACCCUACUAUCAUGAUACUGUUUCUCAUCGCAGUUAGUGUGUACGUCAUGGCACUCAUAGUUCUGACAUCAAAUUCCAAAUUAACAAUGGUUUCGUGGAUAUUGUGCCAUGUUUUUGGAAGUGUUCCUUGUGAGCUACUCUUGUUAGUCCCGGUAUCUUCAAUAUAGUGCUUCCUCAUCAACGUCUCUUCGCUUAUGCUGCUUCUCACCUUGCUUUGCUGUUAUAGUUAUUACCUGGUGGCUACAAAAAUGUCAUCGGACACUCCAAGUGUGGAGGGGCAAGCUACUAAAAUCACAGACCUAGAAGCUGCAGCAACUCUCGAUCCUUAAUUAACCUCCUGAUUGUUUGGUUUGAGGUGAAAUUAAAAAAAAUUAAUAAUUUUGAUUUUUUUUAAAAAAAAAUGGAGAGAUCGUGUGGAGAGUUUUUUAUUGAAAUUUUUUUCACCCUAAUUCUUCAUUUUUUCCCAAAAAAAAUUAUUAAAAUUUCUCCUCCUUUUCAUUCCCUUCAAACCAAACAGAGCAUAAGUGAAUUUGAGUAUCAUUCAGAUAAAAUUUACGUGGUCAAAUUUAGUUUUUGAAUGAAUCUAUAUGUUUUGGAUCUCUUUUAUUUUAAAAUAUGAAAAAAAUAAUCUCAGAUUAUAUGCGUUGUUUUUUUUUUGUACUGACAGCUACACUGUUCAGUCGAUAAUGUAUGUAUGUAUGUAUAUAUUUGCCAUCUUCCUUGGAGUCUCUUCUCUUUAUUAAAAUUUUUUCGUUCUACUUAUUCAUUUUUUUAAAAUAGAAUUUACUAAAAUCUCCGCUUUAUUUUCUUGAAGACAAACAUAUCACAACUGAAUUUAAAAUUUAGCAUUUGAAUGAAUCAAUAUAUCUUAGAUCUAUUUUAUUAAAAAUGAAAACAAAACCACAAUCGUAUAGAAAGCUACGUUGUUCAGUCUAAGGCCGCGCAUGUCUCAUGUUAGGCAAAUAAAGUGGUCACUUUAGGCAUGAAAAAAAGUCUACUUAUAUUCUAUAUAACGGGUCAUUUUUUUCUUGUUAAACAUUAAUGUUAAUUAUAUAUCUUAUAUAAUUAGUUAUUAUAUUUUUGUUUGACAUUAAUGUUAAUUAUAUCUUCCCAUAAAAAAUUUAUUGGCCCGUGUUUCAUUGCAAUUAUCACUCCUAUUUUUAAAUUUGAUUAAUCUUGUAACAUUCAAAUACAUGCCAAAAUCACUGUCUUUCAGCCACCACUCUGUUUUUCAUAUCUCC